GUGAGUCCCCGGGGAGCGGUCCUGCGUUUUGUAUGCAUGGGGAUUGGCAGCACAACGAGGCUUAUUUACAUUAAAUACGCCACAAGGUUACAGUGCAGAUAGAUGAGCGUCAUUUUUAUCACUCAUUACUUCUCUUAAGCGGUGACUGACGCUCAGGACGCAGAGGAGGAAACACUCAUUUAUCCAGGAGUUUCUAAGGCGAAGAGAAGAGGGGGGAAGAAUCGGAACAGUUUUCCCGAAAGGCUCUUGUCGUCCCACCUUCUGUGAAGCUGUCUGCGCUCUUCCUGACAUCCGGCAGUCGUUGGAGAGGUGGCAGUCACACAGGGCUUCCUGAUCAGUGUCGACCAGAAGCGGAGCUGAAGCUGGCUUAACGGGGCUAAGCACACUGUCACGCUGUCUAAGAAACUACCCCCACUCACUGUCUGAGGUGGCUCUUCCAGUACUCAGUAGUCAGUGAGGAGAGACAGCGAGAAGCCUCUUGAUCCCAACAGGUUGUGCACCAGUAUGCAGGUGGUGUAUUAAGGAUGGAGGACUCUAGUUUAUGUCUUGGUGUAUCAUCGGCAGUGCCUGACACUGAUGCCCAUCUCAGCAGUGCAGUGUUAAAUGGUCGCUACCCAAUAAGCCAGAAGCUUCACCAGCUUACUGCCCAGCUAGGACACGCCUUUCCUGACCUACACCGCCCACAACAGAUUCCCGAAGAGAAGGCAGCCACACCUUUGGAUGAGAAGACACACCACGCAGCCCUGGCCAGUCAACCUAUAAGCAGUCAGAUGGCCCUGUUAGCCAAUCAACUCAACCGAGAUAUUAAUGCGGGAGCACUGAGCGGGCUGAACGGGCGUGUUGACCUGCAGCAGUUUCUCAAUGGACAGAACUUGGGCAUUAUGUCUCAAAUGAAUGAUAUUGAGGACGAUGCUCGCAAGAAUAGGAAAUAUCCCUGUCCACUAUGUGGCAAACGCUUCCGUUUUAACAGUAUCCUGUCACUGCAUAUGCGCACACACACAGGAGAGAAGCCAUUCAAGUGUCCCUACUGCGACCACAGAGCAGCUCAGAAAGGCAACUUGAAGAUCCAUCUCCGCACCCACAAAUUGGGGAACCUUGGUAAGGGUCGUGGUCGUGUCCGAGAGGAGAACAGGCUACUGCAUGAGCUUGAGGAGAGGGCAAUCUUAAGAGAUAAGCAGAUGAGAGGGAGUGGUAGUCUCCUCCAGACAGCUCAACCACCCCAUUUGGGCCUUAACAGCAGCUCCAACACUCUUCAGCAAAUAGGAUCGGCCUGUGCCCCCCCACCCGCAUCAGGCCUUGCCACUCCAGACACACUUUCUCAGCCAUCUUCUUCACCCAAGCCGGCUGGCACUCAGGAUGAUCAGUCCCUGAACCCAACUACUGGCUUCCGUUGUACUUUUUGCAAAGGAAAGUUCAAGAAGCGUGAAGAGCUGGACCGCCACAUCCGCAUACUCCACAAGCCCUACAAAUGUACUUUGUGUGAGUUUGCUGCCUCCCACGAAGAGGAGCUGAUAAGUCAUGUGGAGAAAGCCCACAUCACAGCUGAAACUACGCAGGGCCAGGGUGGUGGUGGAUCUGGUGGCAUGCAGAUGGCCACUGAAUUUCGUUGUGAUGUUUGUGGCCAGGUGUUCAGCCAAGCUUGGUUCCUUAAGGGUCACAUGCGAAAGCACAAGGACUCCUUUGAACACUGUUGCCAAAUUUGUGGCCGUCGCUUCAAGGAACCCUGGUUCUUGAAGAACCAUAUGAAGGUACAUCUUAACAAACUGGCUAUUAAGAGCAAGCCACCCCAGCCCAGUGAGCAGGACCUAGUUUCCGUUAAUAGCAUGAGCAGUUUGGCUCAGGAAGCUCAUGCCAACCUUUAUUCUCGCUACAUCUCCUGUCUUCAAGGAGGCUUCCUUUCACCAGACAAACAGGGCCUGAGUGAGCAGCACCAGAUGUUGGCUAAAGCAGGAAUUGUCAUGAAGGAGAAAGAGAUGUUAGGAAAACUGCUAGGACCAAUGGCAGGAGGAAUGGGUCAUGGUUUGGGUGAAAAUGAAAAGCGCUCACUCAUUGGUUGUCUUAAUCUUGUGCCACCACUCAAAUCAAGCUGCAUGGAGCGUCUCCAGGCUGCUGCAAAAGUGGCAGAGAUGGACUCCCUCAAUAGCUACCAAGCCUGGCAGAUAAUGGCUCGUGGUAUGGAUAUGGACAGGGCUUUCAUGCCUAAGGAUCAACAGCAGCACCAGCCCCAUAUAACUCCAGGGCAGGAAGAUGAGAUGGGUGGCACAGGGGCCUUGGCUUCCUACCCAAAGGACAAACAAGACUACUCCUUGAUUACCUCCAGUGAUAGUUCCAAGCAGAAGCAGCUCUCUGAGUCAUUACAAGGUUCUAAGUCCUCUGGUGGAGCCAUGAUACCUAUGAAAGAAGAUGGAAGAGGUUUUGAAAUUCACCGUGACCUAAUGCCCCACCAUGGUAGUGCUGAGCCUUCGGGAGCCCUGGCUGGCAUAGGAGGUCCAAACACUGACUACAGCCUGUCCAAUCUGUCUAGCCUGAAGGAAAAGCCUUCAGAGUGUCCAGACUGUGGCCGGGUCUUUCGAACCUACCAUCAAAUGGUUGUUCACUCCCGAAUACAUGGUAAAGACAAACGUAGCAUUGAUGAAGCACUGCAGCAAGGCUUGGAUGAACGACGUGGCUCAGCCAGUGACCCUGAGUGCCAAUCUAUCAGCCGGUCCACCACCCCAGGUUCAUCCAAUGUCACCGAAGAGAGUGGUGCUGGAGGAGGACAUUCUCAGACAGGAAGCAUCCAAGAUGACAGCCCGCAUCCUUCCUCUCCAUCUUCAGAUGUUGGGGAGGACUCGGGGAAGGCAGCAGGGAGUAUUCAGCCGCCUCCGACCCAAGUUCGUGAGCGAUGUCUAGGCUCAUCUUCCAAGGAUUGUCCCUACUGCGGCAAGUCCUUCCGCACGUCCCAUCAUCUCAAAGUCCACCUGCGGAUACACACAGGAGAGAAACCCUACCGAUGCCCUCAUUGCGACUAUGCCGGCACCCAGUCUGCCAGUCUGAAGUACCACCUGGAGCGCCACCAUCGUGAACGUCAAAAUGGCUCCACCACUUCUGGCCCAUCUUCAGGCCACAGCACUUCUGAUCAUAAAGAGGAUCAUGGAAAGCCAGGCGGUGGCAUCUUUGCCCGACCAGAUGUCCUCCGUAAUGUUUUCAAGGGUAUGCCUCCCAACCUAGACUUCAGAGCAGGUCCAUUGCUGCCACAUCAGUGGGCGUCAGCUGGCAUGGUGUCUUCGCAUGACCGAGAUCGUGGUGACCGCCGUUUUGACUCCUCCUCUUUAGCUGAGAACAUGAAGACUGCUGAUGGUCCAUCCUCUGUGGUCUCAACAGUAACAGAUAGUGCCGCCAGCUUUUCUGAUCUAAGCAGGGCUUACCAAAGCAUGAUGGGAAAUGGAGUCCACUUUCAAGGUUCUCUCCAAGCUUUCAUGGACAGCUUCGUCCUCAGCUCCAUGAAGAAGGAUCUUAAAGAAAAACACAGUCCAAUACAGCUCCCAGUGCAGCGCUACCAUGAUAAUGGUGAGCCAAAAGCCAAACGAGUCAUUUCAAAUGACCAGGACAGAGAGGAAAAGGCUGAAGCUAAACAGAAAUCAGAGCCUGGCAAACCCGGAUCCCAGUAUGAACCACUCGAUCUGUCUGUAUCAGUCCGGCCUGAGUCUGCAUCUGGAUCUCUUCCUGGCUCUUCAGUUACCAUCCAUGAUAAUGUGGCCUGGCAUGGCUGCCUCUUCUGCUCUUUCUCUACUUCAUCAUUAGAGCUCAUGGCUCUGCACCUCCAGGCCAACCAUCUGGGUAAGGCCCAAGUCCAGCGGUCUGAAUCAGGCAAAGAAAUUCAUCAAGAGGGUUCUCCCACCACCUCUAUCCUUCACUCUUCCAAUACCAAGACCUCUGGUUUAGCUCUUGAGAGAGAUGGAGAUCACAUGGAUCAGCCAUACAACCCAUUCCAGAGUGACUUCUACCGGAGAUUUGGUGGCUUGUAUGAUGAAUCUCCAAGACCCAAUCAGGGCAUUCAGGGGUACAUUGGCCAAGCAGAGCAGGGUCUGGAACUUCCUAGCCAGGCUUUUAGAGGAACAUCUGUAGCUGGAGAUGACCAGUUUGGUGAGAGGGGCUCUUGUGGAGAUGCUGAAGAUGACCACAUUGGAUCAGAUGAAGAAGCUGCAAAGCCUGGGGAGCACAGUCCCAAUGAGACCCCCUCAACCACCCCCAAGCGACAACAGCUGCAGAAUCACUCUGAUGGAGAUGAAGAUGACAGAGGAGCAGCUGAAGAAGAAGAGGACAGAGAUGAAGAUGAGCAAAUGGACAUGUUGAGAGAAGAAGAGGAAAGUUCUGCUUCUGACCACAAUCAGACCCACCACAAGCAACUCCUAAAUGACUCCUCCCUUCCUCCAAGGAGUGGAGCUGGUUUGGCGGCAUCCUCCUCCGUGAUGACACCGAUGUCUCUGGUUCCUCAACCCCAGAAUCAAACGUUGCCACUGGAGAAGCAGUGGCAUCAGGGCUUGGACCUCCUGUCUCCAGGAGGUCCUCCAGGACUGUUGAAAGCUGAGCAGCAAACUCACCUAGAGCAGCAAAUAAACAUGCUGUCUGUCCUCAGAGCCUACAGCAACGACAGCCUGCCCGCAUUCAACGGCCUGGGAGGUGGAGGUAGCGGAGCAGCCUCAGGAGGCAUGAAGAGGUCUGAUGCACCUGCACAUCUGUGGGUAGGAGAGGAGGACCAGCCCAUGAACCAUGACCCCACGUUGAUCCUCCAGCCCAACCAUCUUAACAACGACCUUACCCACCCUAACAACCAUAACCUAGGCGACCCCAAGGGGCUGGACGCCCAUGCUGUAAACAAAGACUAACGACCCACAACGGAGGCAGAGUGAUGAGGAUGGUGAUGAAGGGGAUGAGGAUGUGGAGGAGGAGGAGAAGGAUGAUGAAGGUUAAAUGAAGGAAAACACUAUAACAAAGACUUUAUUUAAAAUGAAAAAAGAAACAAAAACAAGAAAAAACAAACUAUCAUCAGAAUGAAGACAAGGUGAGAACUAUAUGACGGGGCGUUUUGGGACCGGAUUUGCGAGAUGGACCUAAUGACUUUUGCAAGCAUCCUUGGACACUAAUCAAAGUGACAACCUUCCUGUUGUGUCUCCUGUGGUCUGAAUGCCCCUUGUCUUUGUUGUCUUCUACAUUGUUUUUGUUUGUCUUUAUUUUGAUGAAACUACCUGUUGGACUAGCACUUCUUGUAACUGGCCCUGCAAUUACUGAUACAUUCCUUGAACUAGAAAGAUAUGUCAUUUUAAUUAGGACUGAAGUUUAAUGCUUAAUGAAAUGCUUUUUCUCCUGUUAAAUGAAGAGGAUAGUUACUCCACUAGUCCACAGACCUCCUUGUAUUUUACCUGGUAGAAUGUUUUCUGCUGCUGAAGCGAAACUCAACAUUAGCAGACUGUUCACUGAGACCAAGCACAUUCCUGUCAAACUAGCCACGUGUGGCUCACCUAUCAGCAGCUUCAUAGAUUCAUCAUGUAUGUCCCACAACCAUCACUCUGAUUAUGAUUAAAAAAGGAAAGAUCAGCAUUUUUUUUUUAACGUUUGUUUUCAGAAAAAAUCCACAAAGUAUCGCAGCUACGACUGCUCAACUUCUGAUGAUGGUGGUGCUAAUGAUGAUUUUGAUGAAGACAAAAUAUUCAAACUGCCCUUAAAUGUGUUGGUAAAACUACAUUGCCUUCCAUAACCAGGCUUUUGCCCCACUACAGUAUAUCAGUUUGUCUUUUUUCCUUGUUCUGUAUUAUUUAAAGCAGUCCCUGUAGGUGCUGCGUGUACAUAGAGAGAUAUACAGUAGCUGGAAAAAGUGAAAGUUCAAAACAUCCGUGAUGAGGGAAAGGAAAGAAGCUACAGUAGUUUAAAUGGCCACAGUCUCAAAUGGUCGACGUUCUUCUCACGUUUAAAAGAGAGGAAUUAAAAGAGAAAAAAAAGAAAUACAAAAGUGGGAACAGUUUCUUUCUUCAUAACCCCACCUUUCAUAUCUUAUGUCAGCCUGAAGGACUCUAGUGUUGCAGAUGUUUGUAAAAUACUGCCACCUAUCAUUGUUGCACAGUGUUACUGACUACUGAAAACAGUUUGAUGUAUUUACUUUAAGAUGACAAAAAAUAAAUAAAAAUGAAAAAAUACAACUGGAAAAAAGACAUAUUGUGUAUAGCCUUAGAUACAAGUCAUCUGUUAUUGCUUCUACAAAGCUAUGUAACUGUGCUAGACCGUAGGAUGUAGGUUGAUUUUAUUUUUAAUUUUUAUAUGUACUGUACAUUAAUGCCUUGUCCAUUUACUGAUCCAAAAAAAGA